AUGUUACUCAGCUUCCUGCUGCGUGUCGUCUGUAGGUUUACUCUGUGUCCAGCAGGUGGACGUGUGGGACUCCACCACCAGCAGGUGGACGUGUGGAGACUACACCACCAGCAGGUGAACGUGUGGGGACUCCACCACCAGCAGGUGGACGUGUGGAGACUACACCACCAGCAGGUGGACGUGUGGAGACUCCACCAGCAGGUGGACGUGUGGAGACUCCACCAUCAGCAGGUGGACGUGUGGAGACUCCACCAUCAGCAGGUGGACGUGUGGAGACUUCACCAGCGGGUGGACUUGUGGAGACUCCACCAGCGGGUGGACGUGUGGGGACGUGGAGACUCCACCAGCGGGUGGACGUGUGGAGACUCUCAAGUUAUGACUGAUAAACGGCGAGCCACGGGGGAUGCUCAGCCCGACGGUGUCCCCUCGGUGCAGGGCACCCUGCCGCACUUCAUCCAGGAGCCGGAGGACGCCUACAUCGUCAAGAGCAACCCCAUCAAGCUGUGCUGUCGGGCCGCGCCCGCCCUGCAGAUCUUCUUCAAAUGCAACGGGGAGUGGGUGCACCAGAACGAGCACUUCUCCCACGAGUACAAAGACCUCAACACGGGGCUGAAGGUGCGUGAGGUGAUGAUCAACGUCUCCCGCCAGCAGGUGGAGGAUUUCCAUGGCCCCGAGGACUACUGGUGUCUGUGUGUGGCCUGGAGCCACCUGGGAACCUCCAAGAGUCGCAAGGCUACGGUCCGCAUCGCCUACCUGAGGAAAAACUUUGAGCAGGACCCCCAGGGGAAGGAGGUGCCAAUCAACGGGAUGAUCGUUCUGCACUGUCGCCCUCCGGAGGGAGUGCCUGUGGCGGAGGUGGAAUGGCUGAAAAACGAAGAGCUGCUGAGCUCAACGACCGACGACAACAUCGACACCCGUGCGGACCACAACCUCAUCAUCAACGAGGCGCGGCUGUCCGACUCGGGCAACUACACCUGCGUGGCGAGCAACAUCGUGGCCAAGAGACGCAGCGCCACGGCCACUGUGAUAGUGUUUGUGAACGGCGGCUGGUCCCUGUGGACGGAGUGGUCCGCCUGCAAUGUGCCGUGUGGGCGGGGAGUCCAGAAGCGCUCUCGAACCUGCACUAACCCGGCGCCGCUCAACGGCGGGGCGUUCUGCGAGGGCAUGUCUGUGCAGAAGAUCACCUGCAACGCACUCUGCCCAAUUGACGGCGGCUGGGACGAGUGGAGCGAGUGGACCGUGUGCAGCAGCCAGUGUGAGAAGCAGCACAGCAGAGAGUGUAACUCCCCAGCACCCAGACACCGAGGCAGGACGUGUGAAGGGAACAGCGAGGCCACUGAGAACUGCACAGAUGGACUGUGCACCCAGAAUCGAAAGCUGCUGCAUGAUGUUAAACCUCAAAGCAUGGACAGCUCCAACGACGUCGCGCUGUACUCGGGUCUGGGCGCCGGCAUCAUCGCCGUUGCGAUCCUCGUGGUGGCCAUCAUGCUGUACAGGAAGAACCACAGCGAGUACGGCGUGGACGUCAUCGACUCCUCCGCGCUCACUGGGGGUUUCCAGUCUUUCAACUUCAAGACCACCAGACAAGGAAACCCGCUUCUUCUCAACUCCUCCAUGCAGCCCGACCUCACAGUGGGACGGACAUACAGCACGCCGCUCUGCUUCCAGGACGACGCCAACAAAGAGCUCUUUGACCCCCUGCCGGACAUCAAGGUCAAAGUUCAGAGCUCCUUCAUGGUUUCCCUCGGGGUGGCCGAGCGGGCGGAGUUCCACACCAAAGCCGCCGCCGAGACCUUCCCGCGGGACAUGAGCCGGGACUACAGCGGCACCGCGGAGCGACGCAAGAAGGGCCUACUCACCCUCAACGGGCCCGUCAGCACCGGCAAGCAGCAGCUGAGGACCAACGGCGUGUUCGGACAUCCCGGAGGACGCCUGGUGGUGCCGAACUCCGGGGUCAGCCUUCUGGUGCCUCACGGAGCCGUGACGGAGAAUAUGUCCUGGGACAUGUACAUGGUGAUCAAUCAGGGCGAGGCCAGUGUCCAAACCCUGGACGACUGUGAGAUCCUCCUGGGCCCAGAGGUGACGUACGGUCCCCCGGGCCUGGACCUCCUCUGCCCAGUGGCCAUGACCAUCGCUCACUGCGCUGAGGUAGACACGGAGAACUGGAACAUCCAGCUCAAGAGGAAAACCCAGGACGGCAAAUGGGAGGAAGUGAUGUCAGUGGAGGAGGAGUCCACUUCCUGUUACUGCCUGAUGGACUCGACCAGCUGCCACCUGCUUCUGGCUCAGCCGGGCUCGUACGCCCUGGUGGGCGAGCCCCUGACGCAGGCUGCCGUCAAGAGGCUGAAGCUGGCUGUGUUUGGGACCAUGGAGGCCGGCUCCAUGAGCUACAGCCUGCGGGUGUACUGUGUGGACGACACACCGCGCGCCUUUCAGGGAGUGGUGUCUGCAGAGAAGAGCAGAGGGGGUCAGCUCCUCGAGGAGCCAAAGAUGUUGCCUUUCCGAGCGAACACCUUCAGCCUCCAGGUGUCCAUCCAAGACGUUCCCCAGUUCCUGUGGAGCAUCAAACCCUUUACCACAUGUCAGGAGUUCUCCUUCCCCCAAGUGUGGUGCAGCAACCAGCAGCCGCUGCACUGUGCCUUCUCUCUGGAGAGAUACAGCCCUGCCACCGCCCAGCUCUCCUGCAAAAUCAGCGUGCGCCAGGUCAAAGGUCACGAGCAGAUUCUGCAGGUCUACACGGCUGUGGCCGAGACGGAAAAGGAGUCAGUUCCAUUUUUUAUGCAGACAGACUGCAGCAUCACGUCCCAGACGGGGCCCAAGGCCUUCAAGAUCCCCUCGUCCAUCCGCCAGAGGAUCUGUGCCACAUUCGACACUGCCAACGCCAAGGGCAAGGACUGGCAACUCUUAGCACAGAAGCUCCACUUAGACCGAAACCUGGCUUAUUUUGCAAAGCAGCGGAGUCCGUCUGCGGUCAUCCUGAGCCUCUGGGAGGCUCGCCACCAGGACUCUGCUGACCUUGACUCCCUCGCAAGCGCCCUGGAGGAGAUUGGCAAGAUCCACUCCAAAAGCUCCCCGAAGGACCAGGAUGAGCCGGAGUCUGACUCCAAUCACAUACAAGUGGGCAGCGUGUGUGGAACGGGCAGACUAACCAAUCAGACGACAGAAGACUCUGAAUACACAGGCUGAGAGUGGAAACUGACAAACUGAGGCAUAUAUCUGUGCGCACACAGCCAGUGAUGGACGACACACUGUGGCGGUGCGCUGCGAGGUCACGAGGUCGUGAGGAGACGGUGCGAGCAGUCAACACGCCGACCGAAUCCAACAGAUGGAGGUGAGCCGGUACCUGCUGUGGAUCGACCCUCUCUUAAGAAUCUGUCUGAGGAUGGACUGUAAAUCUUUGUCUGCCUUUCCACUCCAUCUUCAGUUCAUCUUUAAUGUGUUUGUUGCUUUAAGUUCAAGCUGCCCCUCUGUGCGUUCAUGUCCAGAGGGGGAGCUUCCUGAACCUUUGUGCACAUUGUUUUCUGGAUUUGUGUUGAAAGCGAUGGGACUGUUCCCAGGGGGCCGCGGGGCAGCUGCACACAUUUGCAUAGAAGUUCUUAUAUGCAAAGAAGGUGAUACUGUGGCACACUGGAUGUGAUUUCUCUCUUCUCCCCACACUUCAUGCUUUAGUCAACGAAUGAAUGACGACUUACGAGCAACUUCUUGACGUCCAAUAUUAUAUUUUUAAAGGGAAGCUGCUGAUUGCUUAAAUGUUGUGAUUGUGAACUUUCAAAGCCAAGUAACUUAAAGAUUCUCCCAUUCAUCCGUCAAACAAAGUCUAAAUAUCUAGUCUACAUGAAGUUUAGCACUUCUGAUCGACAGCCAGUGUUGUAAGAUCAUUUAUGCAACAACAAAAAGAAGUUAAAAAAAUAUCAGCCCCAGAUUAAUCUUGAAGGACAGACCGUGGUUGUGGUUUAGUGUAAUGUGUCGCAUUACGGUUUGUUCAGAGACAGAGAGGGAGGAAGCUGCAGGACGUCGUUUCCUGUCACGACAGGGAGCGCAUGCACGCGUCUUAUCGCCCAAUUCCAACAUUAACACGCGUCACAGACCUCAUAUCAGACCCUGACACACACACAGCUAACCCCCCACCCCCCGACACACACUCUGACAGUUCCUGGCUGCAGAGGUCAUGGACUGGGGGUUUGCAUAUUGUACAUGCAGUUACAUAUCUUAUUAAAUCCCCCGGAGAACACUUCAUACUGAGAGAUGAUGAGGGGACGUUCUGGGCAUGUGAGGCUUUACAUUUACUAAAGCUUAACAACUGUGUCAACCACUAAUGGCAGAUGAGAGGUUUGCUGUUCUCAGUUCAAUCAUUAUAAAGGAAGAAGCCUCAGAGAUGACCACAAUCUGUUAAAGUUUAAGAAAACCAUUAAACGUGUGAACUUAACUUCCUGCACAGGCUACGUGUGCUUUAGGUCUCUGUUGGAUUGACUUGCUCUCACAAGCCAACAUCUCGUCCGUUCGUAUGGAACUCUUGUGCACUUCCUUUCGGUUCCUUUAAUAUCUUUAUUUGUUCCGCUUAAAUGUGUGCACUGUGAAAACAAACCAACAGUAUUCAUUUCACUCUGAUUCCCUAAAACACCCAAAAUGUUGCCUAAUUAAGUCUUUUUAAAUCAUUAUUAAAACUAAUAAACAAAAAGAAGCUCAUGUUGACUGGUAGACUGAAACAGUCCUGAGGACACAACUCUGAACAGACUCCUGCAGCUGCAUCAGCUUCAAACAGGUGAAAUCAUUUAAGUACAGAACAAUAACUUCAAAUAAGAUAAAUAAAUGUGCAACAUACAGAAAUACAUUCUUUAAUUAUUGUCCGAGCUGCAGUUUGAACAGGUGAGUGUUCAGUCUGCAGAAGGUGUGCAGACUUCCUGCUGACCUGACAUCAAUGUGCAGCUCGCUCCACCAUUUAGCAGCUGCUUGAAUCUGCUCCAGACUCUGGUGCUGCUCCAGGACUGCAGGACAGCAAACAGGUUUUAUUUGAGGGUCUCUGGGUCCCACUCAGUCAGGGAGCAGCGAGCUGAUUGGUCGAUGCAGAGAGAGGUGA